AUCACCAGGACGGAGCUCGUUCCUCCCCUUUGUGAGUUUUUCGAAGAUAAAAUCCACAUCUACGUCAAGAAAUUGGGCGAUUUCUGGAUUCGCAUAAAAUCAAACCUCUGCCAGGGAAAGAAAAUCGGGUGCCUCCCGUUCGUUCCUUUUGAGAUGCCUCGCAAUAGGAGACCAACAGUCCGCUGCUACAUCUAUGAUUCAACAGAAGGACAUAGUGAGCGUAUCAAGAAGGAGGAGGCGAUGUUUGGGUUCAAGCAGCCCCUGACACAAGAGUGCGAAAUGCUUCUUAUACCAACCGGGGACGAUCUCAGGAUUACCAUCAAAGACAAGAAUCGUCAACAGUUUAAGAAGACGAUAAACUAUGAGAGCAUCCUGCACCUUGAGAGGAACGUGAUCUUUGUAGAACUUGACUACAGCCAGAAGCCAGAGAAUGAAUUAAACAUAACCCUUAACAUGGCCCAAGGAAUCAAACCAAGCGCGAACAGUGCGUCUCUUCAGUUCAGAACUGUUCUUCAAGCUGCGAAAAGACUCGUUAUUGAUGAAGAUGAUGACAGAGAUAGCAAAAGCAGAAAGAAGAAGCACGUGGAGAACAUCGAGGACGACCUCCUGUUCAAGGUUGCUGAUCAGAUCGACAACGAUGAAGUCCUCGAGACACUGAUGGGAGCUCUUGACAUCAGUCUCCUUGGCCGAAGACGGUGCCUGGAGGUCAACCGCUCUGAAGGGAGAGUUACUGAGAGAGGCACGCGUGAUGUGCUGCUACACUGGCGGGAAAAGACACGCGCUGCAGAACAGCGAGCAGGGUUAGAGAGCGCCCUCAAGCGGGCCGAGCUUCACGACCUCAGCAACAAGAUCUUCAAAGACUAGAAGAAGGGACAAUGUAGGCAUGAUAGAGGCCCGGCUCACCUUACGUCUGGUCCAAGACCCGCUUUAACAAAUCGCAUUUUGCUUAUUAUUUUUGAAAAAUGUGAAGGAAAAUUUUAUUUUUGUUUGAGGUUCAAACUAACUGUACAGUAAGAAUACUAAUAUAACAUUCUUUUUAAAGAUUGCAAGCCCCAUUUUGAAGUAAAAUGUAGCUUAAAUUUAAAUCGUAGCUACUCACAAGGUCGCUAUGACGUCAUUACGGCUACAUGUCGAUAUGCAGUUCGCUCGUAUUCUUUCAGGAUGAUAGUUACAGAUUUGAACGAUGAACAUUAUGUACUCGUAAGAUGAUUUAGAACUUUACACAGAAGCUGUUCCAUAUCAAUAUUCACAUCAAAUUGUUAUGUAACUACGUUUUAUUUCAAAAUCGUAUGGUGUGCGAAGGCAUAAAAAAUGUUCGUUAAAGUUGGGAAUUGAGAACAACGCAACUCGAUCUGCUACCUGUAUGCUGUGCCGCUCUGUUUGGUUUUGUGAACUGUUUUCUCACAUCACUGGUGUCACAUUCGUCAACAUUUUCCAUCAUGUUUUAAAUGAGAAUGUAUCAUCCUUCAACUGGAGCCGGUAAAAUCUUGAUUUUAUUUACGACUUGUCUUGAACUUGACAACUUCUCUUCUUGGCAAGUACUCUGGAACUGUUUAUGACCAGUCCCACGCAGCCAUAUCGGUGUUGGAUUUUGCUACUUUACAUCUGACCAUUCUUAAGGGCCUGUCCUGGGAGUUAACCAGGUAAGCUUUCAUGCCUGCAUUUUAGACAAAUCAAUCUUAAUCUUCUUACACCGCUACGCAUUUUUAACUCUAUUAUGGCUAAUAGUACCUGUAACCUGCGAUCUAAUUCGACACAAUAGCUAGCAGACAGCGACCCCAUUUAUUCUGAAUGAGAUUAACCCAUUGCCUACUGGAACCAGGUGAUCCCUGUACAAAACCUAUGAGAAUCACAGAUCUAAGUAGUCAACUGGUUAAUGGCAUUAUUCAGAAUGCCAUUGAAAGGACGGCGGAGAGAGUUAUUUUCUUUUGACUGUUUCUAGUUAUUCAAAUGAAAUUAUUACAAAUUUUUAUGCCUUUAUCUCCAUUUUAUAUGCACUGAAAAAACUCUGGUGUUGAUUUAACACCAGGCCAGAAUUUAUACAUUUCCACACCAGAGAAGUGUUAAACAA